AUCGGGACUGGUGUUGACUUGCUGUCAACUUGUCGUCAGACUUUUCUGCACGUUUUCUUUCAUUGUUUCACUCCUGUAAUACCUAAUGGCAGUAAAAUCCUAGUCAACGUUUUUUUUCCAGAUGUCCAUUCACGUGGAUUCAAAGUUACCACCUUUUACUUUGUCCAAAAGUUUCUAGCUUUCUUUCUUGCCUGGAUUCCUGACAACAGCUCUAACAAGCACUGCCAGUAGAUUUCCAGCAAUGCAGUCAAAUGUGGAAGGUGGAAAAGGUGCUAUGCCAGAGCAGCAUAGUAGUGUUCCAGUAUGCCUGUCUGACUUAACCAAGCUGCGAAGUGGCUGCGGCAGUGGCUACCUGUCCACCUGGCCUUCUCAUGCCACAUCACUGACCGUCGGCCACAGGCGCAAAGACCUCAAGAAAAGAGAUGCCAAGAAUCAUGGAUGCAGUCCUGCGUUCAGCGACUCAGUCGGGAAGCCUCGGUUCCUGAUGCAGUUGGAAGGUUAUUUGAAGAGAGAAUUGCAAGCACUGGACCUACAGCAGCCAAAACUACAGGAGCGGCGACUCCAGACAUACCGGGAAGUGUUUGACUGUUUCAUCGAGGACUUCAAAACCUACAAGCCAUUGUUGACAGCCAUCAAAAAUGAAUAUGAAGCCACUUUUGAGUAUAUGCAAGAGCAGAUCCGGGAGUUGCAGCCACUGAAGAGUCAGCUGACGCUGGUGUCGGAGCAGUGCGAGCGGCGCAUCGUCGGCCUGAAGGAGGAGGAGAGGGUGGAGAUGAGGAGCCUGAGGGACGACAAGAGGAGGCUUCAGAGGGUCAUAGACGACCUGAGGGAGAAACAGCGCAGCCUGGAGGCACAGGUGUCUCGUCUGCAAGAGGAGCUUGGUGCCCAGUAUCUGGCCUACAGGAACGAGUAUGAUGCACGGAAACUACUCAUUGCAAACAUCGGCAGCAUGAAUUACGGAGCAGCGGAGGAAUCACAAGAUGGUGGCGAUGUGGCAGAGUGUGAUGAUCCAGUUAAGGUGAAAUUGGCCCUCAAGGUGUGCCGAGAGGACUUGACUAAAGCUCAGGUGGAGCUGAACCGCCUACACUCUGAAUACGGAGACGUAGUGCCACGCAGAGACUGGGAGAGCCUGGACCGCUCACAUCAGGAGAACGUUCAGAAGCUGGAGACUCUGCAAACAGACUUUGAUGUGAUGAAGUCGGAGUACGACACCCUACUGGAGGUGCAUAAGCAGGUGACGUCAGAGAGGGACAGCCUGCAGGCGGAACUGGAGGUCUUCCAGGGGACAUCCACCCCCAGACCUGAUUGGGACAACUGUGCAGAGAUGCUUGGAAGCAGCGAUCGUUGGGCAGAACUCUUCGAGGGCCAGUCCAGCCAACGGCGCCUCCUAUCGCUUCUGGGGAGCAUUGCAGAGACGACCUCCAAAGACUACUUCCAGGGGCUGGGCUCUGGCAGCGAUGUGCCCGUAUACCUGCACUAUGAGGGCCAGUUGAAGAAUCUCAAGCUGAAAAGAGCUGACGUUGUGAGGAUGAUGAAAGAGGUCAUGAAACAGAAACGAGCUGCAGACGAGGAGCAAGGGGUGCAGAGUGAGAUUGGUGAGUUCCUGCAUAAGUUCCUGGAGAGGCAGCAUGGUGAGCGGGCAGGCGAGUGGGCCUACAGCCUGCUGGAGGUUCUGCAACACCAGCGCAGCAUGGAUGACCUUAUCGGCCUCUUCAGUGACAUCCUCGCUGGAAAGGUGGAUGAAAGUGUAUACUACGGGCAGCUGCAGCUGGUUAAUCAGGUACUGAAGACGCUGAUCCAGGCUGACACAGCAGAGACGGGCAUACUCACAAUUUCAGACUUGAGUGAAGCUUUGAAGAAAGCCUUCCCCCUGAAGUCUGAGCAUGAUUUAAACGAGCUACUCAGCGCUGCUCAAGCUGAACUGGAAAGCACCGAACGUGGUCUCGCCUAUCAGCGGCUGUUUACUGAGGAUUUGGAUAGCCAGAUCAAGGGCUUUGUGAACCUGGUGAAGAGGCAGGCCACAGCCGAGAGAUACCACUACGUCAACCAGCUCCGGAUACAGCUGGAAGGGAAACGAGAAGUGGAUGUGGCAGACCUGCGUACGGCUUUCACUGCAAUUGAUCCCUCACUUGACUCCCAGGCACUGGAUGCUAACUUGGGCAUUGUGUUUCGGGCAGAGACCCUAAACCAGGCACAGUCGCUUGACACAGAAGUUGCCCUGCAGCGCCUUCAAGCGGCCAAUGUCAGCAGGGCAGGUCCUCCAGCACCGCACAUAUGAACAGUAAUAUGCAUUAAUGCUGUGUUUUAUGCUUAAAAUUGCGUACGUAAGGUAUGUGUAAAGUCUUGCUUAAAACAUGUGUUCCCUUUUGCAAUCAUUUACACAUUAAAAUAUUAAUUUUGGAUAGCAUAUCAUCGGAUGACAUUUAAUGCGAAUAACAAUUAAACAUGUUUUUGUCAUUUUUUAUCAUGAAUAUGCACACCUAUUACAAAUACACUGCAUAAAUAAUAAAAGGAUUGAGUAUCCAA